CACCUUGAAAGCGCCCGUGUAGGAGGUUGAUCCAUCCAGGGAAUUGGUUCCGAGCCAACACUAUAAGAACACGUGCGUGAAGAGGCAGGCAACAGGACGAACACCCAGACUUCUAGAAGGUUCUCGCCAGUGCGCAGAAGCAGAGGUGGCGGGGGUAGGAAUGAGCGGGCCAAGGGCUCGGGGUCACGAGACCGUUGGGUGGGCGGAGCCAGCGGACAGGGAGGUUCUAGUUUGUUCUGCCUCGCGACCGCCGCCCCCCUUCUACGCGGUCACGCUGUGCUAGCGCUCGGGCCUGCAAUCGGACCGUACCUUUCUCGGCCGCGCCCUUCUCUUCACACUGCUUCGGAACCAUGGAUCCCCGCAAAGUGAGCGAGCUUCGGGCCUUCGUGAAAAUGUGUAAGCAAGACCCGAGCGUUCUGCACACCGAGGAAAUGCGCUUCCUGAGAGAGUGGGUGGAGAGCAUGGGUGGUAAAAUACCACCUGCUACUCCUAAAGCUAAAGCAGAAGAAAAUAUCAAGGAGGAGAAAACAGAUAGUAAGAAGUCAGAGGAAAACAUAAAGACAGAAGAACCAUCAAGUGAGGAAAGUGAUCUAGAAAUUGACAAUGAAGGAGUUAUUGAACCAGACACUGAUGCUCCUCAAGAAAUGGGAGAUGAAGCUGUAGAGAUAACUGAGGAGAUGAUGGAUCAGGCAAAUGAUAAGAAAGUGGCUGCCAUUGAUGCCCUAAGUGAUGGUGAACUACAGAAAGCCAUCAACUUGUUCACAGAUGCCAUUAAGCUGAAUCCUCGCUUGGCUAUUCUGUAUGCCAAGAGGGCCAGUGUCUUCAUCAAAUUACAGAAGCCAAAUGCUGCCAUCCGAGACUGUGACAGAGCUAUUGAAAUAAAUCCUGAUUCCGCUCAGCCUUACAAGUGGCGAGGGAAAGCACACAGACUUCUGGGCCACUGGGAAGAGGCAGCCCAUGAUCUUGCCCUUGCUUGUAAACUGGAUUAUGAUGAAGAUGCUAGUGCAAUGCUGAAAGAAGUUCAACCGAGGGCCCAGAAAAUUGCAGAACAUCGGAGAAAGUAUGAGCGAAAACGUGAGGAGCGAGAGAUCAAAGAAAGAAUAGAAAGAGUUAAGAAGGCUCGGGAAGAACAUGAGAGAGCCCAGAGGGAAGAAGAAGCCAGACGACAAUCAGGAGCUCAGUAUGGCUCUUUUCCAGGUGGCUUUCCUGGAGGAAUGCCUGGAAUGGCAGGAAUGCCUGGACUCAAUGAAAUUCUUAGUGAUCCAGAGGUUCUUGCAGCCAUGCAGGAUCCAGAAGUUAUGGUGGCUUUCCAGGAUGUGGCCCAGAAUCCAGCAAAUAUGUCAAAAUAUCAGAGCAACCCAAAGGUUAUGAAUCUCAUCAGUAAAUUGUCAGCCAAAUUUGGAGGUCAAGCGUAAUGCCUUGUGACAAAUAAAGCUUUUGCUGAAGGAAGAGCAACCUAGAUCACUUAAUGGAUGUUGCAAUAAUAACAAACCAGUGUACCUCUGACCUUCUCAUCAAGAAAGCUGGGGUGCUUUGAAGAUAAUCCCUACCCCUUUACCCCAAAUGCAGCUGACAUAUUUUACAGUGGUUUGCAAUUAGGAUAUUCACUGAGAUAAUGUUUUCCUAUUAGGAAUCACAAACUUAACCCUUUUUAAAUCUUAAAAAUAUUUCAAACAAAUUAAAAGGGUAUACUAAUUCCUGCAUUUUUCUUUACUGAUCAGUUUUUAUUUUCCUUUGAGUUGGUUGGGUAAGGAAGAACUAAGGAAGAUUUAUUGCUUCAGUUUGAGCAGGAGGCAAAUAUAACUCAUUUAAAUAGAUAAAGUUGGAAUUGGAUCUUUGGUUACUGAGACAGUUUGAUUUGUACUUUCAAAUGCUUUAUUUUUAAAAAAUGAUUUAUUUAGAUAAUAAAACUAUUGGGACCACCAGUAUUGCAAUAGGACCUGGGUAGGAACUGGAAGUACUUGGUGGGACAGCAGUCUUAUUACAUUUUAUGUAAUAUGAGCCUCUGUGCAGGUUGCAUUUAAAUCUUACACUUUCGUGGUGAAGGGAUGAUUUUUGUAAUGCUGCAGGAGAGUUGGAUUACUUAGCUCUGUUCUUGUCCAAUAUAUAAAAUAAAUGUUUUGUAUUAUUUCCAUA